AUACUACUACUAUUAUCGGCGUGUACAGAAUCUUUGUAAAUGGGCGCAAAGCAAGACCCUCUGGCUCGACUCCUCUUCAGAAAACAACGUCGAAUUUUCAGAAUUUAAUCCGCCCCAGUUAUUGAUUAUUUACCAGUUGAAAAAUAAUCCAAACCGUGUAACCAUAAUGGAAGAUAUAGUCACAGAAAAAGAUACCACAUCGGCAACAGAUAAAAAGCGAAAACCGGGGAUAAUUUAUUUGUCAACGAUUCCCACGGGCUUCCAUCCCACGAAAAUCAGAAGUUAUUUUACAGAGUUCGGAGAAGUUGGAAGGAUGUUUCUUCAGACCAGUAACGAUGAUAAAACUAAAUCCAGUUCAAAGAAGUCCCAGCAGUACACUGAAGGUUGGAUAGAGUUUAAAAGUAAGAGGAAAGCCAAAUGGGUGACCAUGAUGCUUAAUAGUAAUAAAGUUGGUGGUAAGAAGAAAGAUGCUUGUUAUGAUGAGCUGUGGAAUAUAAAAUACCUUCCAAGGUUCAAAUGGGCAUUCCUCCAUCAGAGGUUGGAAUAUGAACGCGAGUCCUACCGACAGCGUAUGAAUGCUGCAAUUUCACAAGUUCGUCAGGAAACAGACCACUUUGUUAAAGUGUCUGAGACUAGUGAGAAAAAGAGGAAAAAGGAGAAGAAAGAAAAGUUGAAAGAUAAAACUACAGAAAAACCUGGUGAAAGUGUUGAUGCUGCUGUCCCUGCUAACACAGUGGAUAUAAAAUCAGGUUUUGUGUUCAAGCAGCGAAAUACAGACAGUGAAAUUGUAAAGAAAAAGGAUAAGAAACAAAAAGAUGCCAUCUUCAAGAAAAGAAUAGCUAAAAGGAAAAAGCUUAAGGAAAAAAGGAAGCUGGAGAAAUUAAAGAAUAAGAAACCAGAUGAAGAUUUUUUAGGAUCUGUAUUUGUUGGUUCUUCACAGUAAAGGCUUUGAAUUUG